AUGUUGAUUCUAGCUGAGCAGUUUUAUUUAGAACAAUUCUGUGAACAUGAAAAUAAACAAUCUGCGGUGGAAAUUGAAGCUGAAAUAGUGGAUAGAGAAUUGAAUCAACACCUACAAAAUUCGAAAUUGCUUUUUACUGAUAUUAAAUUCAUUGAUGUUAAUAAAGCUAUUCUAUCAUUGAGGAACAAGAAUUCCACAGGAUUAGAUGAUGUAUCAAAUGCAAUUAUAAGACUUCUACCACCACCACCACCACCACCACAUCUUACAUUUAUCACUUUCUCUUUUUAUUUUAUGCUACAAAAUGUACAUUUUCCUCGACGUUGGCUUGUGGCUAAGAUGAUACUAUUGUCAAAGACGAAAACGUCAAUAGUGCAUAUAAAUGACACUCGUCCAAUAUCUUUACUUCCAUGCUUUUCAAAGUUAUAUGAGAAAUUGUUCCUCACACACUUUCAUCAAUGGAUUAUGGAUAAUGGCAUUCUACCUGAAGAGCAGACAGGUUUCAGACCAGGACACAAUAUGUUUACCAGAAUCUUGUCGAUUAUUGAUCAAAAUGGACAAGGUCUUGCAUUAAAUACUGCUACAGCUGCCUUAUUUGUUGAUUUCAAAUCCGCCUUUAAUCAACUGUGGAUUAAAGGUCUGUGA